AUAUAUAGUUCGUAAACGCAGUCGUAUUUCACGAUAACUAUCCGCUGUGGACCUGAGACAACACGUCCUAAACCAGUGUCCUAGUCGCACUGGUAGCCGCGUUUAUUUGGCUUCUCAAAAAAUGAAGAGGCAAUUCUUGUCUGGCCUGGACAUUUGAAAUUGGACACCCCUGGCGUUGAGGCCCCUCUUUCCGUGCGGAGGAAUACGUUGUUGCUGCUGACAAUGUGGAUGGCGGUGGCUAAGAUGUCUACUAGAAGAAUGAAUUCAUCUCAAUUGUAGCAACAAAAAGGAAGUCGUGAGGCAGCGAGAGGCUGUUUGGAUACUGACUGGUUACUUUGUGUCUACGACGUGGAUUGUCUGUCGAAGGAUGUUUAAAUCGGGAUUCGGAAAUAUUUUUUGGUGAUCCAACGCUUUUUUCAUGCGCCGAGGUUCAAAUUCUCUUCAAGUUUGUUUUUCUCCUACGAGAGUCGGUCUUUCUUUAUAACCACUGGAUGUCAAACAUCUGAUAAAGAGAGGGGCUCUUUAAAGACAGCGGGGCAUGAAUGAGCAGCAGGACCACAGAAUGGCCGUCGAAACCGAUAAGGAACUCAGCGACCUCUUGGAUUUUAGUGCGAUGUUUGCGCCCCCUGUGGCCAACGGGAAGAAUAGACCAACCACACUUGCCAGCAGUCAGUUUGGUGGCUCAGGCCUGGAUGAGCGUAGCAGUGCCAGCCCCUGGCCUGCAGGGGAACAGGACAGCCCCUCCUUCAACCAGGGCCGGAGUUACGGUGAGGGCUCACACUACAGCGAGCAUGACGGACUGUCGUCCCCAUUCCUCAGCUCAGGGAUCGGCGGAAAGAAUGAAAGGGGGCCUUAUUCUUCGUUUGGCUCCCAGCCAGGGUUUCUGCCUUCAGACGUCGUAAUGGCCAGUGCUGACGCCCUCUCGCCCUCGGGCCUGAAAUCCGGCUCCCAGUUCUACCCCUCGUACUCUGGCAACCCACGCAGACGCCCGCCUGAAGCAAACAUCGACACACAGCCGAAGAAGAUUCGGAAGCCUCCUGGGUUGCCGUCUUCGGUGUAUGCCUCCACAUCUGCUGAUGAGUAUCCCCGGGACGGCGCUGGAUAUCCCACCUCCAAAGCCGCCCCCGUCUACCCUGGCUCCUUCUACAUGCAAGAGGGCCUGCAUCCUUCUUCGGACCCCUGGGCGGCGUCGGGGCCCCUGGGACAGUCGGGCUACACGGCGAUGCUGGGCAACCCGCCGCACAUGAGCCAACCUGGCUCCUUCACUGCCAUUAACCCACAGGACAGGAUGAAGCGCCAGCCGCUGCCUCUGUCCCCGCAAAACUACCCCCUCCACGGGGCCGACGUCAACGGCUUCCACUCGGGAUCUGCAGCCUACAGCCAUGCGGCGCCCAUGAACGGAGCAGACGCCAUCAUGGCCAAUAGAGGCUCAGCCACAGGCAGCUCAGGUGAUGAGAUCGGGAAGGCUCUCGCCUCGAUCUACCCCUCAGACCAUAACGGCAGCCCCUUCCCGUCCACGGCCUCCACGCCAGUGGGGUCACCCCAGGGCAUUGCAGGUGCUGCGCAGUGGCCGCGAUCGGCUGGCCAAACGGCACUCUCGCCCAGCUACGAAGGUGGACUGCAUGCACUUCAGAACAAAAUGGAGGAUCGGCUGGACGAGGCCAUCCACGUACUGCGCAGCCACGCCGUCGGCCAGGGCCCUGGAGCCGGCCUUGCCGCCGCCCACUCGGAGGUGCACAGCUUGCUGGGUGCCGUCUCCUCAUCCAUCCAUAACGGCGCCCUGGGGAGCCUGUCGCAGGGCUUCAGCGGUCCUGGGCUGCCUCUGGCUAACAGGCACGCCCCCAUGGGCGGGAGUCACCAUGACGACCCAGCAUGUCUCCCUGCCAGCAGUAAUUUGCUCCAGGCGUCCCACACCUCGGGUACCACACAGUCUGCAGGGGCGCCCGAGCCCUUCGGCAGUUUGCCAGGAGGCGCGGCCUGUUCCACACACUCGUCCAACAGCGCAGAGAUCAAGAGGGAGGACAAGGAAGAUGAUGAGAACUCCUCUGUGGCAGAUAAGUCUGAGGAGGAGAAGAGAGACCCCAAAAUGUCUCGCAGCAGAACAAGAAAGGAGGCGUUUUCCCUCCAGAGCCAUUCAAGUGUUUCAGACCAGGGAGAAGAUAAAGACGACGAGGACGACGAAGAUCUUCCCGCUGAGGUGAAGCUGGAGAGGGAGCGAGAGCGGCGCGUGGCCAACAACGCCCGUGAGCGUCUGCGCGUGCGCGACAUCAACGAGGCCUUCAAGGAACUGGGCCGCAUGUGCCAGCUGCACCUGAGCACGGACAAGCCGCAAACCAAACUGCUGAUCCUGCACCAGGCCGUCAACGUCAUCCUCAACCUGGAGCAGCAAGUCAGGGAGCGCAACCUGAACCCGAAGGCGGCCUGUCUGAAGCGGCGAGAGGAGGAGAAGGUGUCCGGCGUGGUGGCCGACUCUCAGAUGCCGCUCUCGGGAGCCCAUCCUACUCUGGGAGGGGACGCCCACAAUCCCGUCAGUCAUAUAUGAUGCAUUCAGAAGAGGUUUCCGGGCUCACUGAAGAAGUGCCCUUUUGUCUUUUCGUCCAUCCUCUUCAGUUUGUGUGUGUGUGUAUACGCGCGCGCGCGCACACACACACACACACACACACACACACACACACACACACACGUUGACAUGGAAAGUGUAUCACCGCUGAAAUGUAAGAAGUGCAUCUUCACGCAUCCAGAAACACACGAGUACUGCCAAAACUGACACGGCCCAUUUUGCCACACUCCUGACCACAAUUACCAGCGUAAAUGUGAAGAACUGUUUGUUUGUUUAUUUUUUUUAUUUUCUUGUUUUUCCUUUUGUAUUUUUCUGCUUCCAUGAAAUGAUGGAACACGGGGGUAGAUGCGUUGUAUCCCUUAUGGACACCCCCCCCCCCUGCUGAGAGAGAGAGAGAAAUACUUAAGUCAUUUAAUCAAGGAUUUGUGCCUAAUUGUUACAUUUUAUAUGAGACACUGAAGCAAAUUGCUUACUUAUGUGGAACAAAUCUGUUUGGGAGUUGCUUUUAUAUGAGCAAUGUUUUAUGUAGCUUGCCAUUCCCUACUUAAAGGUACAGUCUUAUAUGUAUAACGGAGCCCAUUUGUAGUGGGGAAAGACCCUGCGGUGCCAUGGGGGGCUGAGGCUCCCGUCGUGCUCUAGUUCUAUGGGCGUGGGUCUGUCUUUAAGGGAAUUGAGCUUACAGACCAGCAGAACUCUUCGAACUCUUGUGAAACUUGAUGGUUUCCACUGAAGCUGAGAUUUUCCUUUCUCAAAACACUCUGUAGAUUUUUUUAUUUUUAUUUUUAUUUUUUUUCCUUUUUCUUUAAUCACCAGACCUGCCAGGACUCUUGCCAUUUCUCUGGCCACUGUGCUGCCAGUUGGGGUUAACUCGCAGCUCAGGAGGUUUCUGCGGCUACUUAAGGCCUCGCUUUCUGAUGUAUGGCACGUUUUCCAGGAGGAAAAACCUCCCGUAUGUUGCUGCCGUUCGCUCUGGUGGAGCCGGCUGUCACCAGCUCAUGGCGUCUUUUGUCUCAGCAUUCCGCCUCGUUUCCUGUUUUACUCGCUCCGGUUUAAGCCCCAUGGCGGUCCUCCGAGUCCAGGGGCAGUGUGGGAGUCACUGCCCACCGUCUCGGAUCCGCCCCCACCCCAGCAGUGUCGCUCCACGUCCUCGGCCCUUCUGCCACUGGAAAUGAGGAUCCUCGCAGACUGGCAGAGAGUUUAAAAAAAGAAUAAUUCUGUCUUUCAUUGUAGGUUCCUUUUGUCCUUUUCCCAAAAUAUGUAACACCAAGACGAAUUGUUUCAGUUGAAGGCAGAAGAAGCAUUUUCAUACUUGCACACUCGUCGUUUGCCAAAAGACUGAAACCUCAUACAUAUGUCCACCUCACACAUGCAUAAAGGAUAUUAUUUCAACUUAAACAGAACAUGAGUAUAUACAUAUAAAUAUAUAUAUACAUACAUAUAAAUAUAUAUAUAUUUUUGUUAGUAUAUACAUUGUAGAUUUUUUAAAAAUUAAAAAUCACUAUUAGUUUCAAAUGUAGACUAUAUUGUGCAGGUGAGAGCAGGAACAGGUAUGAUGAACUGGAUGGAGAAGUACACGUUCAGAAUGGCCCGAGUUUUUGUUUGUUUGUUUGUUUGUUUGUUUGUAUAAUGUUCCAUUCACACCCAUUCAGCUGUGUUCCACCGCGCCGACACGGACAGCGCUUGUAUAUGUAACAUUAGUUCUCCUGUCAUAAGUGAGAGUGAUGUGACUCUAAUGUUUGAGAUUGCCUGGAGGCCUGUUUUGUCAAAGUUUUGUGAUUUAUUAUUUUUUUUUUAUUUUUGGUUUUGUUUUUUUUGUAUGUUAUUGGUAGUUGAAAUUCUUUCCUUUCAUUAAGGAAGGUGGGUAACACAGUAUACCACUGUCUGUAAUUACAGUUCCCUUCAUAUUGAAAUGUUGGUAUGGAAUGAGUUAUAGUGCAGCUGUAAAGCAACUGGUGUCCAACUUUGUUCCAGUUUUGACUAAGACAUUAUGCAACUGGUUUUGAAUGUACUUUCAAAUAUAUUUAAUACUCUUUGCGCCACACUAAGUUACUGCCAGUUCAGUUAAUAUUAAUUUUAUCACAUUUUGCAAUAUCUAUCUGUCAGUUUCUGAUCUACAAAGAGGAAAAUCUGUUUUUGUGUGUGUGAUAAAUGGGUGGUUUGAUGUAUGUAAGAUAAUACAGUGUUAUUUCCUAAUGGAUAUGCUGACAGUGGCCAUGUCCAUAAUGGACAUGCUGCAUCAAGUACCAAUAUUUGUUUUCAAAAAGAUUGUAAUGCAUAUCAAUUACUAGGGAUAAAAACACAUAAUUGACCUUUUGAACAUUGUCAGUGUGGCCUUCUCACUCUCAAGACUUUAUUUUGAGAGUGGUGCCUUAUCAGUGCCUGAGUUUAUUUUUCUUGUGAUAUAUAUUUUUUCCUGUCCUUGAAUUGCUUAAAGUAAAGGUACGCAUAUGAAGUCA